AUGACCAUUCAUGUUAUUCCCGGAGAAAUUAAUAAGUUUACAAUAGCUAUUGCCGUUUUAAGCGGCUUUAUUUUAUUAUUUGGUUAUAUUUCGAUGUUCCUGAAAGAAAAAUUAUUUUUAUCUGAAGCAUUGGUAGCAGUAAUUGUCGGAAUUAUAGCGGGACCUUUAGUUUCUAAUGGUUUUAAUCCUACAAGCUGGGAUAAUUAUGACGAGAUCACAAAACAACUAACAAGAUGCAUAAUAGCAAUUCAGGUUAUGGCUGUUGGAAUUGAAUUACCAAGGCGAUAUUUAAAAAAGGAAUGGUUAACGAUGUUAAUGCUUUUAUUUCCUGUAAUGCUAUUUAUGUGGCUCGUGAGUGGUUUAUUUAUUUGGGCUUUGAUUCCUACGGUUAAUUAUCUUGAAGCACUUGUGAUUUCUGCUUGUAUUUGUCCAACUGAUCCAAUUUUAGCUAAUUCAGUUGUUAAAGGAAGAUUUGCAGAAAAGCAUGUCCCAACGCAUAUACGAAAUGCAUUAUCUGCAGAAAGUGGUGCUAAUGAUGGCAUGGGUUUCCCCUUUUUAUUUUUGGCUAUAUUUUUAAUUUCUGAAGACAGUGUAGGAACGGCUGUUGGUAAAUGGAUUUAUAUUACUUGGUUAUUUCAAAUUAUAUUAUCUUGUGUAAUUGGUGUUAUUGUUGGAUAUGUGGCAAGAAGACUGUUAUAUUAUUCAGAAAAACAUCAUCUUAUAGAUAAGCAAUCUUUUCUUGCAUUUGCAGUUGCGUUAGCGCUUUUUUUAAUGAGUAUGACGGGGUUUUCUGGUAGUGAUGAUCUGUUAGCAUGCUUUGCUGCUGGAAAUGCGAUAUCAUGGGAUGAAUGGUUUAAAAAAGAAACAGAAGAAGCACAUUUUCAAGAAGUGAUCGAUAUGAUGUUGAAUUUAGCCAUUUUUGUUUAUAUUGGCGCUAUUAUCCCGUGGUCAGAUUUCGGUAAGGCAGAACUAGGGCUUGCUCCAUGGCGUCUUAUCGUGAUUGCUAUCUUAGUUUUACUAUUUCGACGUUUACCGGUUGUAGUUUUAUUAAAACCUGUAAUGCCCGCUAUGAAAACAUAUCGUGAAGCAGUAUUUAGUGGAUGGUUUGGUCCUAUGGGAGUUGGGGCUGUCUUUUUAUCAGUAAUUGCUAAAGAAGAAUUAACAAAUUCCUAUGACGGAAAAGAGCUACCAAUAUCUGUUCAGGUCAUUAGCCCUAUCGUACUUUUUAUUGUAUUUUGUUCCGUCAUUGUUCAUGGUACAACGAUUCCCUUGUUUAAAUUAGGUAAACAAAUUCGUACAAGAACAUUAUCACUUGCUAGUUUGAGUAGCAUUUCAUUACGUUUCCCCGAUCAAGAACAACAACAUGCCGUGAAAAAACCUAGUGGAGAUCAUCAUAAGCGUUAUCAUCAUAAGGAAGAAGAUCAUCCUAUGACUGAGUUGGAGAGAAAUACAUUGUACAAUACACUGCAACAUGAUCCUGUAAAUAAAAACAUCACCAAUUUGGAUGGUAUGAAAAAUAAUAACAUCAGAGGAAAUGCAAGUAGUAUUACAAUUGAUAAUAAUCUACAAGUAUCAAACUGGGAUGAAGAGCUUUUCUUACCAGAUGACAUUGCUGAAAUAACAAACAAUGCAGAUAACGAUACAGACAUUAACAUCAAUAAUCAACAGCCAACAUCUACUACUGCACAUAAUAACGCUGCUAGACCUGGUAGUGCUAUUUCAUAUGACACGCAGCAAGCUAUUCGAUUCCUGGAACCUGUCAAUCCUCGUUUAACCGCUCAAAAUGCACAACAGUUAUCCAAUUAUGAACGUAAUGAAGCUAGUGUAUCUAGUAUUCGAAGUUGGUUAUUAAGACAACCUAAAGAAAGUUUCUCACAAGAGGAUAUAGAAGAAGAGAAUAGCACACAUAGCCAUAGACGUAGCAUCAUUAGUUUAUUUAAAAAAUUAAAAGAUCAUAAUAAUACAGCUUCAGCUAAUACAAGUAAUUUAAUACAUGAUGAGCCUCCUGUUACUGCCGCAGAAGAUAUUGAGGAAUAUCAUACAGCUGAACAUCUUCAAAGCUUAUUCCGAGAGCAAGAUAGAGAGGAUAAAGAAAAAAAUCAUCAAGAAAAUUAUAUUCCUCGUAUUCAAAUUUGGGAAGAAGGAAAUCAAGUGGUUUUAGGAGAGGCUGAACAAAAUACACCAGAAAUUGUUAUAGAUAAAGAAGAUGAUCCAAACUGGAAACAAAAAGUUAUUGAGACAAAAUCUGAUAUGUUAAAAAAAGAAAACGAUAAAUGA